AAUGAAGAGUACCGACGGAAGUUGACUUCUCAACUGCAGGGUGAACUGCUGUACGUCCUGGACUGCAUCAACACUCCAGAGAACUACUUGCCCGAACUUGGAAGUUCUCAGGCCGACUGCGAAAGUCUAAUCGACUUUUCCAUGCCCGAAGUGUCACCAUACAGGUUCAAGCUUGCCUACAAUACGGGCACCAGACCAGCACUGUCUGGAAAACCCCUAGGUGUGAGACGUUUCUGA